CACCGACCCUAUGGUCGCCUCGCGAUUCGCAAAAGUCAAAUGCAACUCAUAAGUCCCCCGGGUAGCCACAAGUCGACCGUACGCCCGACAUGGGGCAAGCGUAAGCCAGGUAGUGUUCAAAUUAAUGUGUCUAGGUUUUAUUGGCACCAUAACCAAAGCCUUGUCUUGUAUUAUUUUGCUUCAUAACAAAGGUGAUUUUGUUUUGCCCAAAUUAAACUUCGUUGACUGUGACCAAUAGAGCCGUGGCACGUUCCGUAUAAAGUUCCCGGGGUAUUAAGUAUCUGCUCAGCGGAAGAAUCGCACUGAACGAACUGUUUUAGUUUAAAACUUUUUACUUCCGCAUUAGAACUUCCUGGUUGAAAAAAAUGGCAGACGAAACUUCGCUGUGGAAGAAAAAGUAUGAAACGAGUGAAUUUAGGUUCGGACAGUUAAAAAGACUUGCCAAUAAAGCUGUUGGUGACUAUGAAGAUCUCAAAAGACGAUACGAAAAGUUAGAGGAACAGAAAGAAGAGCUGAUCAAGAGGUUGAAUGAAGCGGAGGAACUAGUGGGAAAAUCAAAAAAUGUAUUGGAGCAUGCAUAUGCAGAGUAUAGUGAAUUGGACUCUGAACGGGAAUUGGCUGCUGAAUGUUCAAAACAAGCAGAAAACUAUGCAAAACAGGUUGUGAAGGAAAACAAGUCCCUAAACAAACAGAACAAGUACUUGAAAAGACAAAGUCAGGCCAUUUUAAUGAAAUAUGGAGCUGUUGACAUUCCAUUAGAUGAUCCCAUUGAUCAGGAGAAAGAUGAAGCAGAAAAAGAAGACUUUUUGGAAGAUUUAAGGGCUCGCAACGAAGCUCUUGAAAAAGAAAAUGCAGAAAGUAAAAGACAAAUUCGGGAACUAACUGAACAGGUGAAAGCCCAAAUUGAUAACGCUGCAGUACUAACUGCCAAACAUGAGCGAGAAAGAGCAGCCUUACUGAAGACCCAGAAAACAGUGGCAGCGCAAUCAAAAAGCCUUAAACAAUUUCAGAGAGUGUCAAUGAUGGCAUAUAGCGAGUUCAACGACCUCAGGGAGAAAUAUGAAACAGAACAGACGUGUAGAGAGGAAGCUGAGAGGUUUGCCUCUAAGAUGUUCUCCCAAAAGAAUGCUAUGGCCAGAGAGAGCCAGAUUGUGCUCAAUUCAGUGGCUUCGGACAAACGACUCAUGGACGCCCUUAAUGACAUAGAUAAACUUACACAAGAUCUAGAGAAGGAAAAGAAAGAAAAGGAGAUCAAAAUACAACAACUGAGAGAGCUGCUUGAUUCAAAUGAAUCAGAGAAGAAUGUGAGCAGACUUGAGGAGCAAGUAACUUGGUUCACAGAACAACAAGAGUUGCUACAGAAACAACUUAUGGAGACAGAGAGAAAAGCAAGUGCCAUGGAAGAAGAAAAUCGGAAACUGAUCAGUAAGAUGACCAAGAUGGAAGAGGAUCGCCUGAAACCUCCUGUAGCACCACCCCCUCCCCCUAUCCCUGCCCCAACGCUAUUCACGCCACUACGAAAAAUGAUGCAGAACAAGAAGAAAAAAAUCUUAGAAGGAAACCAAGUGCCUGUUACCCCUCAGAUGAAUGAUGUACUGAAAGACAUGAUGAAAAGGAUCAAAGAUGGAGAGGCAUUGCUAAAGACAAGGAAAGAACCAGCACAAAGAAGGCCAUCAGAGCCUAUCAUUGGAAUGAGCAGCAAAGCCUUUGAUGAGAUGGGAAACAUGCUGUCUAUGUUACGGAAGCGCAGCCGGUCAUCGGGUGAUAUAAUGGAAACUGUUGAGAAUGAGAACUCUGAGCUAGCUGAGAAGUUAAAUGCUCGAAGAAAAA